AUGGCUGGAAAGAACCAAACUAUCAUCUUGGAGUUCCUCCUCCUGGGUCUGCCCAUCUCAUCAGAGUAUCAUCUCCUGUUCUAUGCCCUGUUCCUGGCCAUGUACCUCACCAUUGUCUUGGGAAACAUGUUAAUCAUUCUCCUUGUUCGACUGGACUCCCAUCUCCACACACCCAUGUACUUGUUUCUCAGCAACUUGUCCUUCUCUGAUCUCUGCUUUUCCUCUGUCACAAUGCCCAAAUUGCUUCAGAACAUGCAGAACCAUGUAACAUCCAUAUCCUAUGCAGGCUGCUUGACACAGUUGUACUUCUUUAUGGUUUUUGGAGAUAUGGAGAGCUUCCUUCUUGUGGUCAUGGCCUAUGACCGCUAUGUGGCCAUCUGUUUUCCUUUGCAUUAUACCAGCAUCAUGAGCACCAGGUUUUGUGCUUCACUAGUGCUACUACUGUGGAUGCUGACAACAUCCCAUGCACUGCUGCAUACCCUACUCAUGGCUAGAUUGUCUUUUUGUGAGAAGAAUGUCAUUCUUCACUUUUUCUGUGACAUUUCUGCUCUUCUAAAGUUGUCCUGCUCAGACACUUAUGUUAAUGAGUUGAUGAUAUUUAUCAUGGGAGGGAUCAUCAGUAUUAUCCCAUUUCUACUCAUUGUUAUGUCCUAUGUAAGGAUUUUUUUCUCCAUUCUCAAGGUUCCAUCUUCUCAGGACAUCCACAAGGUCUUCUCCACCUGUGGUUCCCAUCUAUCUGUGGUGACCUUGUUUUAUGGGACAAUUAUUGGUCUCUACUUAUGUCCACCAGGUAAUAAUUCUACUGUGAAGGAGAUUUCCAUGGCCAUGAUGUACACAGUGGUGACUCCCAUGCUGAACCCCUUCAUCUACAGCCUGAGGAACAGAGACAUGAAGAGGGCCCUAAUAAGAGUUAUCUUCAGUAAGAAAAUCUCUCUGUGA